CGAGCGAGCGAGCGAGCGAGCGGCACGUUUACGCGUCCCCGACACGACGCGCGACGCGACACACGAGGCGGCGGCGAGACGCUCGUCGGCAGUGAGCCGCGAUCGCCGGCGAUGGUAGCAGCAGCGGUGCCGACGGCGACAGCGCGGUAGUAGCGCUGAUGCUCGGUGCUUCGCUCCUCGUAGUUGUCGUCGUCGUCGUCGUUGUCGUGCGGUGGGGGCAAGGAUAUCCCGCGUCGUGGAAUCCACGGCAAGUGUCAUAGUUGCUGUCGUCGUCGUCGUCGUCGUCGACAGGCAAUGACUAACCGCGCGUGGCCGAUUGCGCUAAUAACGAGAGAGAUAUCGUAUCCGUCAGCACGGAGCGCUGCCAAUUCGGAGCUAUCGCUCCGUCCGUGUCGUCGUCGUUAUCGUCGUCAGCGCCGGUCAGACGGGAUUUGCAUAGCAAACAGCGAUUGACGCGCUCGUAGUAAGUGGAUAACGAGAAAUCGCGCGCGCGUAUAUACACCGUAUAUAGCGCGAGAGAUCGCGGGCGCAUGCGAGUGUGUGAAUAUCGCUCAGUGCGUGCGUGCGUGCGUGCGUGCGUGCGUACGUACGUACGUACGACUGGCUUGCGUUGCCGGCCGAGGAGGGAGAGAGAAAGAAAGAGAGAGAGAGAAUACGACGAACGAGGCAAGUGCGGAGCUUAAAAUAGAAGAGUGACUUCGGCUUAAGUACGUGGCGGGAGGACGGAGCGAGUAAAACGAAUCGGAGAGGAGAGAAGGGUGGAUGUUGCGCUCGCGCGCUUUUUCCCCACCUCCGUCGUUUACUGUGAUACGUUCGAAUUCUACGGUUUUCUCCGUAAAGUGAAAGAGCCGACGACGGACGAGACGGACACGCAUACACGCACAUACAUACGUACGGAAUAUCCCGUAGCGCACGGGGCGGAGAGUGUGUUUCUUCUGUGAUAAUUCCUAUAGUUCGUAUUGUGCAGUGGUGAGACCGUGUCUCUCUCACGCGCGCGCGACACUUUUUCUUUUUUUCCGCGCGUGCGUUGGAAAAAAAGGAGAGAAAGAGAAAGAGGAUCUGUCGAGGAGGCAGUGAGAGAUCGCGCGCCUUCACAGCAAGCGAGCGCUCGCCCAUCGGAAAGGAGGCGUCGGCUCGCUCUCUGUCCCACGCGAUGGAUCGUGACUCGCGUUCGUAUUCCUGCGGAGGCUGCGAGAGGACCGCCGCCGAGGGCCGAGCUAUGCCGAUGGAGUAACAAGUGAGCGGCGAAGCGGCGUUGCCAUGACGACAGAGACCCAUACUGUGGCGAUGACAGACCCACAGCUGACCAAUAACAAUAACAACAACAAUAAUAACAACAACAACAACGAUGGCGAGCCAAAGUACCUGCACAAGAAGUUCAAGAAGAUGGCGACGACGGAAGUUGCGCGAAAAGUCGUCGAGAAGGAGGGCACGGCAAACAACGUCGUCUCUGAUGAGGCGCCCAAGCGGAAGGACGAUGACAAGGACGGCAAGGAGUCAUCGAAGGAACUCGGCAACAAGCUCGAGCCUUCCCCGGAGUCGGCAGGGGGAGUCGAGCCUACCACCGAGUCUCGGAAGAGUGGCUACGCGUGCCCUUACUGCCCGAUGACGUGGACCAAGCCCAGUGUCCUUCAAAAGCACAUCAGGGCGCACACGAACGAACGACCGUAUCCGUGUGUGCCUUGCGGAAUCUCCUUCAAGACCAAAUCGAAUCUGUACAAACACUGCAGGUCGCGGUCUCACGCGCACAAGAUGGAGAAAGGAGAGAAGGUGUCCGAGGAUUCCGAUAUAAGUCUAUCGGAUAGCGCCAGUAAUGGCACUGGUACACCACCGCCGACGCCAGCUUCAACGCCUACGACGGCAACAACGACGGUAUCCACCGCCGUAGUAAAGACCGUGAAGACCGGCAAGAUCUACAAGCCAAAAUUUCAAGCCCGAACGGCUCUGCAGUGCGUGAACAGUGACACUGAAACGUCUUCCUUAUCGCCCAGUUCUUCUAACAGUUCCUCCUUGUCUUCCUCUACGACCACUUCAACUUCCAAUUCUGUUAAACCGAACGCGGAACAGCUACAGGAACACAUCGACAAGAUUAUCACGGACAAUCAAGCGAUCGUCGAUGCGGUGGAUCCAUGUCUACAUAAGCUAAUGCAACGCCAACAGAGUCUAGUGGAGACAAAGCAGUCAUUGGAACAGCAGCCGUUGAAUUUGUCUUCCGCGGAGGAAGCCUUGAACAGCAGAAAGCGUUGCUAUAGCGAUUGCAAUGAGCUUUCGGAGAGCUCGAUCAUCAAGGAUCUCCUCUUGAAAAAUCGCUUGAAAAAUUUUGUGAACGAAUCAGCACCGGAAACUGCCGUGGAAAACUUUGUCUGUCCCAGUUGCGACAUCCCCUAUACCAGCAUGGACAACUUAGAGACUCAUUUCAGAUACUAUUGUAAGGGUAAUGACAGUUCUCGAAAAGGAGCCGAUUAUCACGCGGACUUAGAGAAACGAGAUUCUGAUUUCGAUGUGAAACCUUCCGAUUAUUAUAACACUUUGCAACCGUUACCCUCGCCGGGUCCUCUAUUGGGUAAUACCAGACUGGUCGAUGCGUACGCUCCACCUGUCAAGAAACAAAGGAUAGAUGUGCCGACUAGUUUAAGAUCAUUGGAAGAGCUCAGCAAAUACCCGCGUCCAAACUCGCUGCAGAUGUUCGGUGGUGAGGUAAGAAUCCUCGACAACACAGGCGAGGUGACGAAAACAAUGAGGAUUGAGCCACGACAAACGAAUUCGCCUACGAACGAGCAUGUAGUCAACAACAAGUGCAUGAAUUCAGAGACAGCAUCGAUAGUAGUGAAAUCAGGACUUCAUUCUGGUGGUACUAUGAUGCAUAAACCGCCGGGUACAUCGGCCAACACGUCCAAUUCCUCCAUAUCCCUGCCCAACGCGCCAAAGAUACUGGCGCCCAUCAUACCGAACAUAUCAACCCCGAAUAUAGCGCCCACUAUGUCUUGCUACGACUACUUAGAGUCGCAUCUGAACCCGCUGACGAGCAUCACUGCCUAUAAUCCGUUGACUCUGCCGCAAGCUGGUAUCACGAGUAUUCUCCAUGGUGGAAAGGUGAUACCUUAUGUACCUGGUAUGCCCGGACCGCAUACUCUAACCGGUACGCCGACCAUAGACAUAUCUCCGAGUAUAACAGCCGGUGAAGCUGGUUACAAGGUGAUACCAGGCCUACCAGGAUUACACAUGGUACCUCAACCGCUGGAUCUGGCCAGUCCAGUGAAAGUGCAGCCCAACACGGUGCCUGGCAUGCCGAGUCCGUUGUCUGGACAUGUUCCUUCCAUGCUAGAUCAGCCUCUGGACCUGGCCAGUCCAGCGAAGGAGUCGAUGAAGUCGAUCAGCUUCAAGACACCUAACGGCGACGGUCUAAAGAGUGGCUUGACCAGUCCCAAAGUUCCUAGCGUCAAGGUCGAGACCUCGACAGACAAGUAUCGCACGAGGAUGCCAUCGACUCUUACCGGCGGAGAGACCGGUAAAGCGGAGCUUGAUCGUCAUAUCAAAAAUAAUACGACCAUGAAGUACAAGGGUGUGGAGAGCCCGCGAGAGAGGAAGGAUUUCACAUAUGAUAAUAGUCCGAAGGCUUUGGACAAGGCUUUUAGUUAUCCGAACGGUGUGGAUCCUACGAUUUCUUCGAACUCUUAUAGUAAAAUGAGAUACUCGCCCAAGACUACUUCCGAAAAUAGGAAAAGAUCGUCGAAUUGGGGCGUCAAUGAAGUGGAUGCUGGCAGAGCAGCCCCGGUAGAUACGCACACUUCAGUUUCCAAGUACGAUCUACCUCCUCACGAAAACGGUCGAUUAAAAAAUAAUGUUUCUUCGGAUGCACGUGGAUGGAUCAAGGUCGCGGAUGGAUAUGGCGCAUUUAACGGCGUCAAAACGAAGGCCGAUAGUGCGCCAUCGGUGAUACUUGUGAACUUAGAUUCUUCUAAGACAGAAGUGCCAACAAAAACUUCCGUAGAAAUAAUUGUUAAGGACAAGCAACCUGAAGCCAAAUCGCCAAAGAGUGGCGGCGACGUCGCUAAAGAAACGACUAAUGCUAAUAAGUUCUUGAGACCCACGUCUUUACCAUUGAAACCCGGCACGUUUACGCCGAAGAAGCAUCACGGGAUCACGCCUACGGCGAACACACUUCCUCUCAUCAGUCCGGAGACUCCGCGACCCAAGAAAUCGUACGGGCAGUUAUAUCUAAAUGGGCAUGCCUACACAUAUCUGGGACUCAAGUGUUCCACCAGGGUAUUUUAUUGUACUCUGAAUCGACCGCAGCCAAUGUACGUCACACAGCAGCAUGGUCUGUCAAUGUACUCCAAUUGGAAAAUAUGCAAGGAGGCAGCACCAGACGUGGAUAUGGCGCAUUAUGAUUCUCGACAUAGACCUCUCAAUUACACGACCGCAUGGAAGAAACAAGAAGACAUCCUAACGCACUCCUCGCAAAGACCAACCACUCCCACCAGUCCAGACAGCGGUUUAGAGAGUGACAUGCAGGAGAAGACGAAGAGGGUAAAGAUAUUUGAUGGAGGCUUCGAGAGUAAUGAAGAUUACACCUAUGUGCGCGGAAGAGGUCGAGGACGCUAUGUCUGCGAAGAAUGCGGUAUUCGUUGUAAAAAACCAUCUAUGCUGAAGAAACAUAUCAGAACACAUACGGAUGUCAGGCCGUACACUUGCAAGCAUUGUACUUUUAGGUACGUUUUCAAAACAAAGGGUAACCUCACGAAACACAUGAAGUCCAAAGCUCAUUAUAAGAAGUGCGUGGAACUGGGCGUGGUGCCAGUCCCUACAACUGUUUGCGAUGAAAACAUCGACAAGGAAGCUAUCGCGCGAUUAGCUGCUGGUGGCGGUAACACGGAGGAAUCUUCAGAGGAGGAAGAAGAAAGUGACGGAGAAGAAAGCGAGGAGUCUGGUAGCGAGGAGCAAGAAGCGGCACAAAGUCUACUGAGUCUUUCACAACGUAACACGUCGAACAGAUUGCCGGGUUUGCUACCUUCUGGCAGACCCACGACGUAUCCGUACGCGUUAACUUUACCGAUAACUUCCACUGUGAACACCACGUCUACCACCGUGACUACAACCUCAACUACUGUGAGUCAAAGCGUCACUACGCAAGGAACAACCCUGAUUCAAAACGAAUUAUCGCAUCGUUACUACUUUCCGUCGAACCGAAAUGCGACGGAAGAAACGAGGAUCAGUGUUAUUCAAUCGUCUAAGAAAGAUGACUCUGACUUCGAAAUCGAGGAAAUCAUUGAUGUCGCGGAGUCACGUCAUCAGCUGUCACAGCCCAUGGACCUCACGACGAAGCAGACCACUCAGGUAUUCCGCACCGCGGUUCCGCUAAGGGCUAGACCCGUAGAUAUUCUGACACCUGUUUCGGAGCCGGUCCUGUUGCAGACGAUAGUCCAAACAAUGGAACGGCUGCCUAUACAGGGUAGAGCAUGGAAACCGGAUGCGGAGGGACACAUGUUGCAGGCCUACCUCACGGAGAGGCAUGUGAUGGACAGCAAAAUUAAACAGCAGUAUCGCAUAGGAAAUACCAAGAUGGAUACAGAAAAGAGACAAGAAAGAGACGUUCAUCUGCGUCAUCAAGACCAAAAUAGGCCCAGACACAUAGAUUCCAACGGUAUUCCGACGGUGACGUAUACCGAUCCUAGCAAGAUGCAGCAUACCAUGAUGGAAUCUAGAGUUAAACACAUGACGAAGCAUACCAGUGACGACAUUAAGAUGGAAAUUAGGGAAAAAAUUUAUCAAAACAACAUGGCAAUAGAGAGACGAACGUUCGAUUAUGAGGCUAUUCAUAAAAAUAAAGAACAUACUAAUCGUGUGGUUUCUGAUCGUGAAAGUUUUGAACUUGGUCUAACUACUGGUCCCAUUAGUACAAGGCCAAGUAUCGAGUAUGGUCUACCUAUAAUCAGGAACAAUAGUUCGAUUGAGAGAUCGAUGUGUUCUAUUGUAUCUGUUCGUAGCAUGGCCACUAUUAAUGGUCAUUCACCGAAAUCUUUGAAUAUGGACGUCAAUAACCGACCACCAUUGAUGCAACACAAUGAUAUUGACAGAAGUUCCAUGUUCAACACGAUGAAGAUGGUAAGUGAAAUGGAAAGAUCUAAGGAAUGUCAUUCCGUCGGCCAGGAAAUGAGGUCUGCAAAUCACGAGAUGAGAACCGCGACUAAUGAUAUCCGAAUUCAAAAUCAUAGUCCACGAAAUAUCGAUCUAAGACCGCCCAGUAGAGAGAUUAGAACACCUGGUCAAGAGUAUAGAACGCAGAAUCAAGAGCUGAGGCUACCGAAUCAACAGGAGUACAAGAUACGCGGUCAAGAGAUGAGAUCGCCUAGUCGCGAAUACAAGCCGUCGUUUCCUCACGAUAUGCAAGUCAUUCAGGAACUUAUGCCAUCAAACAUGGAAAUCCGGCAAACAAAUCCGGAUAAUAGACCGCCUAGUCGUGACAUGAGAACUCUUGCGGAAUACAGAGCACAUGCGCAAGAUCCACGUGCCAACUACGAAAUGUUGCAGCCUAUACACGAACCGCCGAAGUCGCAAAACGUAGACGCGAGAAGCACGUCACCGCAAAAAGUACGAGUCCUCUAUUAUGAUACGAAACAUAAUACAGACAUGAUGAAACAAAAUACAUUAGAUAGCAUGAAACAUGCGGUGACCGGAAAGAUAGUCGUCGGGCCAGAUUUUCGAUCGUCGUCACCAAACACAGGAAACGCGAAACCGCAAGCGGAAUUUUUACAACCGUCAAGUGGACCUGCACCUAAUUAUGUUAGUGUCACAGAGGAUGGUCGGAGUGUAUGUGGAAUUUGUAACAAGGUGUUCAGCAAGCCCGGUCAGUUACGAUUGCAUCUCAACAUUCAUUAUUUCGAGCGGCCAUACAAGUGCGAAAAUUGUGCAGUUUCCUUCCGGACUAAAGGUCACUUGACGAAACACGAAAGAUCCGUUUCUCACCAUAAUAAGGUCAGUAUGACUUCUACGUUUGGUGCGGCGACUACCAGCAAUCCCAGGCCUUUCAAAUGUACGGAUUGUAAGGUGGCGUUUAGAAUACAUGGACAUUUGGCCAAGCAUCUUCGCAGUAAGAUGCAUAUCAUGAAAUUAGAAUGCUUGGGUAAACUACCGUUUGGAACGUAUGCGGAAAUGGAAAGAUCUGGCAUCAACCUGAAUGAUAUCGAUACUACAGACUGUGAUAAUAGUCUUAAUAGUCUGCAGAUACUGGCUCAGAGAUUAAGCGAGAAAGAUCCGACGAAAAUUACGCAAUGGGACUCGGAAGCUCUGCCAGGACCAGUCGUGAGCGGCAGCGAAACCUCAUCAGAUGAGGGUGAGCCUAUACCACAGCAUGCACUUCACGCGCCAUACGUGAAAGCACCGACAGACGUGGACAUCUCCCGACCAUAUCACAUGUCAAUCAUCCCCGAGAAACCGAAAGCCAUUAACGACGUACGCCUCCGUAGCCCUCAGUUCAAUCAACAGAGACGUGAUUACGCCGUUAAAGAGCAGCGACCGAUACCGCCGGUCGUUUCAAUGGAGGACGCAAGGACAACGGAGGACAGUUUACAAUCGUACAAGUGCCAAGUUUGCCCCGUAUCUACGCGUACUUUAAACGAGUUACAAGUACACUGUUUUGUUGAACAUAACAUUGAGACGGAUUCUAGUACAAAUAUUCACAGAGAUAGGAGUGCGGGUAAAUGUAGCAGGGAAAAAGAGAAUACUCAAAAAAGAAUUAUGGAGGAAUCCGUAGUGAAAGAAGAGCACAAAAGACAAAGGACAGAGGAUACGUAGUGCCAAAACAAUAUAGCGUGCUAAACAAUUUUUUGAGUGGUGUUUGCCAUACUACUUAGAGAAAUCGCGGUUAUAAUAAGGUAUUGUAUAUGAAAUGCAUCACAGAGAUAUAAUGAAAGAAGUCUUGGUUGUCUUAGAGAACUGUUUCGGUAGGUAAUACGAUUAAUGCUGAUUUAUGUUUCUUGAAAAUUAACAUUACAAAAAUUUAAAUAAAGCGCGUUAUUAGCUGCGUGCAAAUAUAACUUUACGUUGCCGUUACAAAAUGUUUUACAAAUUUCUGAGGACUUUACAAAAAAAUUAUUGAAGCGUAAAAAGUAUGAACAUAGAGAGUAAUAUUGCGUGAAUACUAAUACACGUACACAACACAUUAACGAUGGAUUACACAGCUUGAAGCGUGUUUUCUUUAUCACAGCAUCAGUUCUAAAAUUGCCUGCUUAUAUUGCAGGCAUAACUACUUGUACAGUCCUCCUCUAAACAUUUUAAACUCUUGAAACCAGCACCAGUAUAUCGCGUAAAGUAAAAAAAAAAAGUAAUUUGAAUAUCUGAUAAUGACUAUAAUAUUUAUACACAAUAGUGUUUCUCGUAGUAAACCUGAGGUGCAAUGGACUGGUAUGUGAUUCUAUAUUUAAAACAAAAAUGCGUUACUUUCGACAUGUGGAAAGAGUAUUCUAAUAUUACAAAUUAAUAUUAUACUUUAAAUUGGUACAUAUGAAACCUACUCGCACAUACAUAUACAUAUAUACAUAUAUGUAUAUACACACAUGUAUAUAUGUGUGUAUACAUAUAAAUAUAUAUUUGUACGAUAUUAGUAUGAACAAUUAUGAGAAUUAUUGUUGACAUAAGAGAAAAUGUGUUUGUAUAUAUUUAUGUAUAAUAUAACGAGAAAUCGCGUUAGUCUCUAUUAUAGUUUUAAGAAAUCAAGAAGCUGUGUCGGUUGCUCAGAUUACUUGUAUAAAUUUAAGUGCUUUUAAUUUACAGAUUCUUUAGUUUCCGUGUCCUGAAAGAUUUUCUUGUAAGCAUGUAAGCGAAUAUUUUGAUAAGUUUGAUUUUAUCCGAAAUAUUGCUGGAUGUUUAGUUACCUUCGAUAUUAUUAGUUAUUUUCUUUUUAAAUCUUAAUUGAUCAUGUUUGUUAUGGUCUGAGGGACCGAUUCGCUGAUUCUGUUUAAGAUAACUAAGCCUCUCGUUUCCUCGCCGCAGUUUUAUUACUGAAUCCACAUUGAGAGCGAAAAAUUACUUCUCGCAUUAUAUUAAAAUUAUGUGUUUUAUCAAUCUGCAUACUCUCUAUUAAGCAAGCAAAAGCCUGUGAAAAAAAAACAAAUUUUGGUCUGAGAAACAGUUGUACAUGAUUUCUCACUAGUGGCUUUAUAAUAUGACUGCAGCGAACAUCUUGAAGAGGCCGUACACCUUCCACGAGCGACAGCUACCGUAUCUUACAAUUAACCGUCUAUCUAACGCUACACGCAGUUUUAAUAUCUCACUCAAGCACAAGAAUGUCUUUCCUAUUCCGCAUAAUCAGACUCCGGUUAUCACGGUUUGUACCUAAAUAGGUGUGCUUGAGCCCAGGAUAAAAAGAGUAAAUAUAGAAACGAAGACGACCGCGCAGGUAUACAAUGAGGUCCAGUCCGAGUGAUGUUCACGUUAAACGAUAUCAUGUGUAGCCGUAGUCUAAGAUAGCAUUUUUUGGAUGUAUAUCUAUUGUCUGUAAUUCUGUCGAAACUCCAGCCGUAACCGCGUGACUACGUUAUGAGCUUCCAGGAUGUGCGUCGUGUGUACGCACCCGAAAAUGCCAAGCCAACAAUUUGCGUUUGACGGGAUUUCUUGAGCGAAACGCGCGCGCCCUUUGGAGGUAGUGCGAAAAUUUAAUUUCCGAAGUGACGCUUUUCUUCCACGCGAAACGCGACAUUUUCCAAAAUUUAUGUAUACAUACAUAUACAUACAUACAUACAUACAUACAUACAUACAUACAUACAUACAUACAUACAUACAUAUACAUACAUACAUAUACAUACAUACAUAUACAUACAUACAUACAUACAUACAUACAUACAUACAUACAUACAUACAUACAUACACACACAUAUAUAUAUAUAUAUAUAUAUAUAUAUAUAUAUAUAUCGGCUACUUGCAUGCGUAUUUAUAUGUGAUUUCGAAGGAAUGUACUUUUUCCAAAUUCUAUAGAUUCAUAUUGCGAUAUAUAUACAUAUAUAUUUUCGAAACGUUGUCGUCCGUAGAAGUAUCACGUAUAUUUUCCGGCGUACACGUAGCGAGCGUGUCGUAAAUACAUAUCAGAUUCGCCGUGCGCUCCCGGUAACCGGGAAACGGCGAGUGACCGUGCGUCUCGUUAUUUGAAAUCCAAAUGCGGCGUAGUACAAGUUAGGUUUACUCACCGGUUCUUCGUGCCCUGUCUCUCCGCGGAAACAGCUCCAUGGAAACGCACAUUCGCGACCGCAAACGCAGAGGAUCACACUCGCGCAUUUCGUGGUAAAUGAAGACGCGAUUACACUUGAAAAACUCAGUUGCAACGCUAAUGAGCGGAGUCCGGACCUCGGUGGCGGUUUUCCCUGCUGCGAGCGCUGCGUCACGAGAAACAGGGCUGACAACGUUGCGCGUCGGUAGCACUGUAGCGAUCUAACGUAUCAAUCGGGAUACCAUUGUGUGCGGCCCUGCUUCUAGCGGCGCGGGAAAACGCCACCGAAAUUUAAACUCUGUAGUAAUGAACAUUUCUAUCAACUAAAUUAAUUUUAAUCCUACUUUAACGUAUUUUUCAUCUUUUUUUAAUGUUUAAAACUAGGAGAAGAUGAAAAGCGAACAAACAAAGUUACACACCAAGUUACAGCUAUCUAAAUGUUGUAAUUUCUCACUCAACAAUGUAAUUGUUAACACACUUUCUUUGACAGUUACGUUGUUGAGUGGUUACUUGUUUGCUGGGGAGUAAGUUAAACCGAGAUUAAAAUUAAUUUACAGUAGAAAUGGACAUAGAACGUUCCGAUUGAACGGCCUUGCGUUGAUUUCUAAACGUAAUAAAUUACAAAAAAUACUGAAGAAACGUGGUCCUUUCGUUAUGAACAUUGUUUUUGCCAUGGUAUUGCACGAUCAAGUGAACAAAUUUGGUUAUAACAGAAAAGGAUAUCGAUCCCUUCAAAGUGAUUUUGAAACGUAGCUAUAAAAUGCGGGAGAGAUCGGCAGUUUGAAACUUGAGCAUAAUUUUGAACCGAAACGAUCGAACGAUCGAAAUUACUUUUUUAUAUAUAUAUGUAUAUUGAAUUUUUUCAUGGACCGAUAAAGCUGCUCUGAUUAUGGAGCAAUAAAAUCAUGAACAUUUUUAAAUCCUUAAAAAAAAAGAACUGAUAAGUUCUUUUUUUUACCGAUGAAAUAUCGAUAAACUGAUACAGUUAUGUAUUCAUCAUAGUUACAGUUAAAAUAUUAGUUCUUUUUUUUAAUGACUAGCAGGAAAAUAUGAUGAGAUGCGUUGGAUCAUGUAUAUCGCUCACCGGAUUUAAGGAGCCAACAGAAGAACAAUUCUAAUACGAAUUAAAUAUACGCACAUUGCGUUUUAAAUUAUAGAAGCGAGAUUACGAAAUACAACACUAUAUAUGAUUAACGAUAGUUUCCAUGUCUAAAUGUGCUAUCAGUGUUUCAUCUGUUUUCAGAUAAUCGGUCAGUUUUUCGCGCUGGAUAAUCGAUAUUACUCUUCCUGUUUCGAAACAGAUUCUAUAAUUCUUCACGAGCGCCCAAUUAAUGCGUUUUUACUGUAUUUCCGUAUCUUCCUUUUACACGCCACUCAUACACUAUUAUCUAGACAUAUAUACUGUACAGUCUAAUAAUUCGGAUAAAUGUUUGUUAAGACGACUCGACAUACUUUUAUAAUAUUUACGAUAUUCGGUUAAGUAGUUAUAUAUAUUGUAUUGUGAUAAGUACGGAUCGAAAGAACCAGAUGGCGAAUAUCCCGAAUGAUAUCCUAAAGUAAAAGUACAAGUGUAUCUGAUAAAGAAAAAAACAAAAACAAGCAUAGACAUAUUUAUUUUGUCGAGAGCGCGCAUCUACACGCUCGCGUCUAUUACAAAUUUUCACGAAAACGGUUGGCUUGGCUUGGCUUCUUCCAGACUCAGUAUUAGAUUUCGCGGACAAAAUGGAAAAGGAAACAGAAAGGAAAGGUCGAGCUUGUAGGUCGGGUUUCUAGAUGGUUUUACACCGAUUUACAUUUUACGGAGACAAAGAUCGCGGCUGUCUUGUCGCUCGAAUUUACACGCGGUGUCUCCGAAAAAAAAAAGAAGAAAAGACUUCGCUCCGCUCUCCAUAUCUUUAUGGAUGAUUUAAAUUUUGUAUACGCGCAGCGUGCGAACGGUGACACUUACAAACACCUGGCGGUAUAGUAUUUUAUAUGUAUUAUAGGAUCUCUUUAAGAUUUUAUAAAUGUUUUUCCGUGGGAGAGACGGAAUGAUUAUAUCUCGUCUUCGCGUUCGUGCAAACACAUCGUGUGCUCCUGCGAGAGUUCCGGCUGCUUCGAUAAGUCUCUAGUUCGAGCAACUUUAUCGUGAAACCUCUCUCGAUUGAUACCGAUCGUAUAUCGGGCGCGUUUACGCUCGUAUAUAUGUAUAUAUCAGACAAUGGGACCGGAGUGAAAAUUUUAUAAGCGUAUACUUGUGAGAAAGAGUGACCAUGGGAUUUACGGUAAUAACGCCAACGAGUUUUGCCAGUGUCACCGUUAUUUCUCUUCCUGACUCUGUGAAUUUUGUUGAACUAUAUUGAAGAGAUAAGAAUGUAAUUUUUAUUUAUUGUAAAUAAAAGAAGGAACAUUGCUUAAAA